AUGGCAGGCUCGCCCUUCACCUUCACUUCCUACUAUGAAGUCAAGGCCGUUCCUAGCGAAGUCGUCAACGGCACAACCCCAACCGGGGGUCUUGAGGGUGCAUCAGGCCUUUUCAAAAUCGGCAUCAACAGCGAGUUGAAUCUGAUCUGCUACAACAUUGAACUCUACGAUUUCCGCGGCGAAUACUCCUCCCCCGCGGCAACAGCCACACACAUCCAUGAGGCUGCAAAGGGCGCUUCCGGUCAGCCCAGAAUUGCCUUCCCUAACCCUGUGGACGUGGGCAACGGAGUUCGCCGUUCUGUCGGUUGCCAGCAGGGUCCUUUCAAGACUGGUCUUUUGGCUAACGGAAAGGACACCGCUGAUGGCUUCCACAUCAGCCAGAUCGAGAAGAAUCCUGCUGGUUUCUUCGCCGAUACUCAUUCAAGCUUGGCUGUUCCUGGUGCUGUUCGUGGUCAGCUUGCUUGA